AUGAAGAAAGUUUGCUGGCCUUACUUCGAUCCUGAAUUUGAGAACUUCACGGAGAGGAUACAUGGCCCCAGCUGCCGAGUUUGCAUUGACAACGAGAGCUUUGAGGAUUGCACUAUUGUCAAGGUAGACAGCGUUAACAAGCAGGGUCUCCUCUUGCAAGUGGUGCAGGCAUUGACAGAAAUGAAUCUGUUCAUCUCCAAGAGCUACAUUUCCUCCGAUGCCGAAUGGUUCAUGGACGUGUUUCACGUCACAGAUGAGCAUGGCAACAAACUCACCGACCAGAACGUCAUCAACCGUAUUCAGCAGGUCAUAGCUAAAAGGAAGGAUCCCCGAGACUCCAGCCAGGUGAAGUCCGGUGCCGGAACCGGAAGAGAGAACACCGGCGAACACACGGCGAUAGAGUUGACAGGAACUGACCGACCCGGUCUCUUCUCUGAGAUUUCAGCAGUGCUUAAGGACUUGAAGUGCAAUGUGGUGGAGGCCCAUGCCUGGAGUCACAACGAGCGCCUGGCUUGUGUGGCUUACAUUUCUGACCAGUCGACGGACAGCCCAAUUGACGACCCCAGAAGGCUCGCUACCAUUGAAGAGCAUCUCGCCACUGUCCUCGGCGCCACCAUCAAUGGCUCCGGAACUCAUGAUGAACAAGGAGUGAAGACAGCAGGUCUUCCACCACCUGGUGGAAGCAUUAAUGGCAUAACAACAACCAACGUGGAGCGCCGGUUGCACCAGCUCAUGUUCGCCGGCCGGGACUUUGAUGGGCCACCGGCGAAUGCAAGCUUAUCAGCGCUCCCAUCUCCAGCCGAAGGUGAAGAAGAAAGGAAUAAGAAGAUAAUCGUGACGAUAGAGAGCUGUAAUGAGAAAAGGUAUUCAGUGGUGACGGUAGAAUGUAAGGAUCGGCCGAAACUCAUGUUCGAUACGGUAUGCACGCUUACUGACAUGCAGUACGUGAUUUUCCAUGCUUCCAUAUCUCCUCAUGGAGAUUCUGCAUUUCAGGAGUACUACAUCCGGCACAUAAAUGGCUGCCCACUGAACACAGAGAGUGAGAAGCAACGAGUCAUAAAAUGCUUAGAAGCAGCUCUAGAGCGUAGGGUCUGUGAGGGUGUCCGACUGAAGUUAUGUGCAAACAAUAGAAUUGGGUUGCUUUCAGACAUCACCCGGCUGCUACGUGAGUAUGGGCUUGCCGUUGUUCGAGCCGAUGUAGAGACACAGGGAGAGAAGGCGGUGGAUGCAUUCUACGUGCGGGAUAUCUCCGGCAACGAGGUCGACAUGAAAAUCGUCGAGUCCAUGAAAAGAGAGAUGGAAGCACUUGCUUUAGAAGUGAAGAAUGAACCAUCGUCACACAGGCGGAGCUCACCUGAAAGGCCCCCAUUCUGCUUCUCUUUUGGAGACAUUCUUAAAUCACAGAUUGAACGAUUCUCUCACCACUUUAUUCCAAUCAAGUGGACCAAGAAUGCCGUUCGUCAACCACACAUAUUAACAUUGCUGUAUUAA